UGUGGCAUCUGAAUGCCACAGCCAAUCAGAGGCGUGGCUUUCGGCGCCGGCUGCAGGGGCAAGAGCAGACUUGUUUCCCUCAUUGGGGAGAAGGCGCCAAAGCAGGAGAGCAUGUCUGGCCGCGGGAAGCGAGGCGGCAAAGCCCGGCCCGCAUCCCAGUCCCGUUCCUCCCGGGCGGGGCUCCGUUUCCCCGUUGCCCGCAUCCAUCGCUUCCUUCGGAAAGGGAACUACGCGGAAAGGGUGGGAGCCGGUGCCCCGGUGUACCUGGCCGCGGUGUUGGAGUACCUGACGUCGGAGAUCUUGGAGCUGGCCGGUAAUAUAGCUCGGGACGGCGGCAGGAAACGCAUCACUCCGCGCUUCUUGAUGGUGGCCAUCCGCCUCGACCAGGAGAUCAACAAAGUCCUGGCCAAAGUCACCAUCGCCCAAGGAGGGGUCCUGCCCGGCGUCCAGCCUGCCAUUUUGCCCAAGUGUAAGAAUUUCAAAUCCAGAGGAAGCUGGGACAAACUCUGGUGAUGGUCCAGGAACCAUGCGCUAUUGCUUGCAGAAGCCACCAUCUACAGAAGUCCAGGAAUCUGUGGAGCUGCUGACCAGACAUCCUGCAUAUGUAUCUGGCGCCUAUUUCAAGCAGAAUUAUAUCAAGAGACCUUAAGAAUAUAGAAUAUUCAAUACUGAUAUUGCACUAUGCUAAUAAUAUAAUAUAUUGUAUCUGUAUAUAUCUUCGGGGUGAGAAGGGCGGCAUAUAAAUGUUGUAAAUAAAUAAGAAAAGCUGCACCCCUGGCACAAAUAUGAAUAUUUUCACAAACAUCCUUUGCAGGAGCAAAAAAUGCAGCUUCUGCAAAUAGUAUUAGAAUGUUUGGUCUUGGUGCACGAAGAAAAAAAACCAAAGACGGAAUCAAAACAAAUAUUUCCUUUCCCAAGAAAUUUCUUCUGAGAUUCACAGAGAAGUGGCAGCUUUUCUUGCUCUGCUUCCAAUAUCUUCAGCUGAUGUCGCUAAGGAAAGUUUUAAAGUAUUGAUGGAGACUAUAUUUGAAGAGGGGCAAAACAACUGGGGGGAAGUUAUAGUUAUUUGUGUAUUUGCUGGAUUUCUUUCUUAGACGUUAAAUAAACACGAGCUUGCAAGUGU